UGAAAGGCAUAUUGCUCAGAAUACCCCCAUCGCUCUCGAGUAGCACCUUUCCAAGCACCAGAAGAUCGCCGCAAGUAUAACAAAUACGUUACCUAACCAAAAGUGAAAUAUGUGACAUAUUCCUGGUCGUUGGACAAAGUCUCCCGUGAAAAUGAACCUUUUUGUGUUCCUGUGGUCCGUGGUGAUCUUCUCCUUGGAGAGCCGUAUGGCCCAAAGUGCCUCUGGCCCUUCGCACAACAAACUAGUCGUCUGCUAUUUAGGCACAUGGUCAGUUUACAGACCAGACAGAGGUUCCUUCACGAUAGAGCACCUAGACCCCAGCUUAUGCACCCACAUCAUUUACUCCUUUGUGGGAUUGGAUAUACUCGAGGACAGCCCAAAACCCUUAGAUCCUUGGCAAGACUUGACCGAAGAUUAUGGUAAAGGAGGAUUCCAGAGAAUAACCAAUCUGAGGACUGCUUAUCCACAUGUCAAAGUUACUGUAGCCAUUGGUGGUUGGAACGAAGGAUCAACGAAUUACUCAAGAUUGGUCAGCGAUGAAAAACGAAGGAGAAGAUUCGUGAAGAACGCCCUGCUUUUUGUCAAGAAAUACAACUUUGACGGCUUAGAUUUGGAUUGGGAGUUCCCAGGAAAGCGUGGGGGGAACCCUUCGGAUAAAGAAAAUUUCCUGCUUUUAGUAAAGGAGCUGAGGGCGGAAUUCAAGAAGCACAAUUUAUUGCUCACUGCGGCGUUUGGGGCAGGAAAGGACACCAUUGAUGUGGCUUACGACGUGGAAGGACUAUCUGCAUACCUAGAUUUCAUCCAUAUGAUGUGCUAUGAUUAUCACGGUGCCUGGGACCAGAAAACUGGAGCGAAUGCCCCGCUGAAAGCGGACGAUGUGCUGAGUGUGGAGUAUUCAAUAAACUAUAUGCUGCAACUAGGAGCACCACCUAAUAAACUAGUCUUGGGUCUUCCACUCUAUGGAAGAACUUUCCUCUUAGAAAAAUCCGUAGUAACUAAUCCAAAGAAAAAGAUGAAACUAGGAAUGCCAGCGUCAAACAUCGGGUUUCAAGGACCUUUCACCAGAGAAAAUGGAUUCAUGGGAUAUAAUGAGAUUUGCCUGGAACUCAACAACAAAACAGCAGGUUGGACAACUUACUGGGACAGCAAAUCUCAUACGCCAUACGCCGUGAACGAAAACAAAGUGCUGACCUAUGAUAAUCAACGAUCUCUCAGAGAAAAAAUCCAAUUUGCGAUGCAGAAAAAAUUGGCAGGCGUUAUGGUCUGGUCGAUAGAUACAGAUGAUUUUCAGGGAGACUGUGCAAAGAGUGGGGAAAACGACAGGUAUUCAAAUUUCCCACUGAUGAGGAGCAUAAAUAAGUCUGUGGUAGAGACGCUAGAAGAGUUUGAGGAGGAAGAGGGAGAUAAGAAUGAAAAAGAUGAAUCUCGACCAGAUGAUAGAGAAAAUGAAAUUGACAGUGAUAAACACACAAAAGAUAGUUCUAGUGUUGUUAAUGUUAGUUUUGGUUGUGUGAUAAUUUGUAUAUUCAGAUUUUUAUUUACUUAAUAAAUAGAUACUACUUAUUUUA